AAAAAGCUCCGUGCACCGACAAGCAUUUCAUCUGGCCCGAGUCCAAAAGUCCAGAGUCCAGAGUCCACGACCCGCGUUUCUCGGGCUUUCCAUUGUAAUGGAAUAUUCUUUGGGCUGAUCUUCAUCCUUGUCGCCACGAAACCCCUCUAUACAAACGACGUGCCAGCUCUCGAGGAAACUUGCACAGCCCUUAUCAGCAGUCGCACACUCAUUGCGACUAGAUUCACAGGACUGCAACCCUCAUAUCACAAUAUUUCGCAGCUUACGCCAGCAGUGCUGUUUCGACAACAUGUCUAGUGCUGUAGAGCAGGCUGUCGCCUUGAAAAACGACGGCAACAAGGCCUUCGCAGCGCAUGACUGGCCCAAAGCCAUUGAGCUGUACACAAAGGCGAUCGAGCUGAAUGACAAGGAGCCUACCUUCUACUUGAACAGAGCUCAGUGCAACAUCAAGACCGAAGCCUAUGGGUAUGCGAUCGCGGAUGCCACCAAGGCUAUCGAGCUUAACCCCAAGCUCGUAAAGGCCUACUUCCGCCGCGCCGUCGCUUAUGUCGCUAUUCUGAAGCCAAAGGAUGCGCUCGGCGACUUUAGAGAAUGUGUCAAACUCGAUCCGAACAACAAGGACGCUAAAGUCAAGUUGGCGGAAUGCCAGAAGGUCGUCCGCCAGCUUAACUUCUUCGCCGCUAUCGAAUUGGCAGAUGAGCCAUCGGCAGCCGAAGGUCUCGACCUCGAUUCCAUGGCCAUCGAGCCCGAUUACGAUGGUGUCAAGCUGGGAGACGAGAUGACGCAGGAGUUCAUUGAUGACAUGAUCGAGCGCUUCAAGAAUGGCAAGAAGAUUCAUAAGAAAUACGUUUACCAAAUCGUUAUGGCCACCAAGAAGAUCGUCUACGAGGAGGCGACAAUGGUGGAAAUGAAGAUUCCCGAUGACGUCAAGUUGACUGUCUGCGGUGACACACACGGACAAUACUUUGACCUUUUGGAACUUUUCAGACUGAACGGCCGUCCAUCAGAGAAGCACUGGUACCUAUUCAACGGUGAUUUCGUUGACAGAGGAUCGUGGUCAUGCGAGAUUGCGCUACUGCUCUAUGCCUACAAGUGGCUCAGGCCUCAUGGUUUGUACCUGAACCGCGGUAACCACGAAACAGACGACAUGAACAAGGUCUAUGGUUUCGAGGGCGAAUGUAAGGCCAAGUACAACGAACGGGUAUUCAAGCUCUUCUCGGAGAGUUUCUCGGCCUUGCCCCUAGCCACGCUCAUUGGCGAGAAAUAUCUGGUGCUCCACGGUGGUUUAUUCUCAGACGAUAACGUUACACUUGACGACAUCCGAAAGCUGAACCGCCACGCUCAGCGACAGCCUGGACAGGCAGGUCUCAUGAUGGAGAUGCUCUGGACAGAUCCCCAGACUGCCCCUGGCCGAGGUCCCAGCAAGCGUGGUGUUGGUAUGCAGUUUGGUCCAGACGUGACGAAGCGAUUCUGUGACAAGAACGGACUGGACGCCAUCAUCCGUAGCCACGAGGUCAGAAUGGACGGUUACGAAGAAGAACACGGCGGAAAGUGUAUCACAGUCUUCUCGGCGCCCAAAUAUUGCGACCAGACAGAAAACCGUGGCGCAUACAUCAACAUUGGCUCGGACUACAAGUUGCAGUUCAACCAGUUUGACGCGGUGCCCCAUCCGAAUAUCAAGCCUAUGGCAUAUGCUCAGAACUCCAUGAUGUCAAUGAUGUAAUUUGAGAUGAUCUUUGGUUGAUUCCUCUGGUAUUUUGUGGUGAUAGAUGGGCUUGUCAUUUCUGCAUAUAACGACUGCAUCAUCUGGAAGCAUCGGCGUUUGGGGAUACAAAGGGAGGUGGUUUUAAGGUCAGAAAAGGCUUCUG